UUUUGUGCUUUUAUAUAUAUAUAUAUAGAUAUAACUGAGUACUGAUGUCUACAUAUAAUACUAGAAAUACGACCUAUGACAGUGUAUUCACUUGAAGAAGUAUUGACUUUACCUAUAUCAAUAACUAUUUUGUAUGUGUCUACUUUCGUUUUGUCACACACAUACGGGUACUCAACGUCAUGCGAUACGAUUUCCAAGUUGUGCAUUGAGGGUGGACUGUUUACGCCAUGAAAAAUGGCAAAUCUACAGAUUCUUGGAUGAAUUUGCUUGAUUCAGAAUACAAACUUCACGAGAUUUAUCGCAUUGUGGAAAACAAGUGAUUCGAAGGAUAAAAAAACCCCACAGACAAUACUGUAAAGGUCAUAUGUUAUCAUUUUAUUGUGGUAUACAAACACUGCAGAAGCACGCGUCCCUGAUUGAUAACACGUACAAGUGAAAGUGCAACUGGGGACAAUGGGAGAACGUAUGUAGUGUUCAGUAUUAUGUUGAUUUUUAUAGAAUAUCUUAAUUAUCAGUAGCCGAUCGAGAAAUUUCUGAACGGGGAGGGGUAAACAACGUGGGGCUGUUUGAGGCCCCCAGUGGAUCUAGGACGAAACCCUGGUGAGGGGGAGGGGCUAGGAAAUGCAACCCCUGAAACUACAAAGUUUUGAUUAAAUAAAACUUUAAUAUUUUGUUGUUGUUUUGGACAUGAAUUUUCUCUCUAUAAAUGGAAUGAUUUAUUUUGAUUAUCAUCACAAAAUGAUGCACUCAACAACUUCAUUAUGAGAUGGCACUGACAACAAAUUAAUUUUGUGAUAUCGCUGACAACUUCAUUAUGUGAUAUCACUGACAACAACUUCAUUAUGGGAUAGCACUGACAACAACUUCAUUAUGUGAUAGCUCUGACAACAACUUCAUUAUGUGAUAUCACUGACAACAACCUCAUUAUGUGAUAGCACUGACAACAACUUCAUUAUGUGAUAUCACUGACAACAACUUCAUUAUGUGAUAGCACUGACAACAACUUCAUUAUGUGAUAACGCUGACUAGACUUGUUGAUAUUAACGGUCACUUCUUUUGCGAACUUAGUUUUAAAUUGAUCUGUAAUCAAAUUGACAGAACUUAUCAAAAUUGUUAUAGUCCUUGGAACCCGUUAAUAAACCAAAAACUGCAAACACUUGUUCUCCGCCUUUGACGGCUCUUGUGUUUAAAUUGAAGCUACCCCCCCCCCCCUCUUUUUUUUUUAUUUUAUAGAAAAAGGUUAUACAUGGACAUACUUUUGAAUGGUGCGUGUAGUUUUAUUUAAACUUUGCUUUAUGAAGUGUAAGAAUUGUUUUGUGUACAUACACACCUAUUUCCAGUCUAUUUUUCUCUAUAAAGAUCAUUUUGAGAGUUUUACAUGCUAUUUGAUUUUCAAAACAAAGCACCUUUUAGUGAAGAACAAAUGUAUUCAGGUUACCCUGAAUGGUACUUUAGAUUUUAAAUGUAUUCGUGUGCACCCGUUUUAUACAGCAUUAAAAUAUUAAAUUGUAUUAAGAUAAGUAACAGAGAAAAUCUCACCCCUAUUACUUUAUCAUAACUUUUAAAUUUGGCAUCAGCCAUUUACAGAAAGUCAUGCUAGUAUGAACAUUCAAUGUAUGUUGACAAAAACUGUUUUAGCUAUAUGAUCAGGGUGCACUUCUAAUCACAAAAGCUAGAUAUCGUCAUUUGGCCUUGAACGAAUUUCCACAACACUCUAGCAUGCAGUUACAGUGUGGUAAUGGGAUGUGUCUUAGUAACAGUGUCUGUAAGUUAAAUUAUCAUCUCAAACCAUAAAGUAUAUUUAUAUACAUAUAUAUUGUAUUCUGAUUUUUCACAUCGGGUUCUUAUUUAAAGUUGGAUGAGAGUAGGGGUGGUGUUUGUUUGCACAUGCAUUUCAUUUAUCAGUUCUCUUAAUCGAUAUUCGUAGUUCGCGCUGCAGUGGGAAAAAUGCAUUUGAAGAUUGAAUUUGAAUUCAUACCUGUCGACAGUAUUACUUUAUUUCAUCUGUUUUGUCAAAAACAUUAUAGCAAUACAUGGUUACGUCACGGUCACGUGCCCAAGAAACGAUAUAGGUUAAUGAUUUCCACGAAAAGGAAUGUAAAAAUAGAUUUAUGACGGGGUGGAUUUACAAACCCUUUAUCAAACCCCACCAAUAUCAUUUAAUUUUCAGACCAUAAUUUCACGUCCAUUGGCACCUAAACUGUAGAAGUUUUAGUAAUGAUUUACUUAUAUGUAUAUAUUAGUUUUUUUUCUGUCUUGAAGAAUUUAAUACGAAGACGGUGAUUUCCAUACGGGGAAAUUUUUGUUGGUUUACCCAACAUGUCAUAAGGUGCACGGAACAAUGGAUGUCUGUAACUUUGAAGCAAUGUUUAUGAAUUUUGCGCAUGUUCAUAAAAAUGUCAUCCUGACCCUAUUCAUAGGGAAGUUAUUAUGUUGAAUUUAUCAUACAAUAUAACAAUGAAAGAAAUGCGAUCGUCCUACUUACGCAUUAAGCUGUUCUAAUUAUAUUAAAACGCGAACAGAUAAACGUUCGGGAGGUCAUUCUGGUACAUGCCAAAACCCAGUGGGACGUUACAGUAUGACUAUGAAAUCACAGAUGCUUGGGUUAGGACCCCUCUGAAUAAGCUACAUGAGUUGAUUUAAUUUUAUUGUUAUUUGCUGAAAAUAUUUCUAAUGCAUGUCAACAACGUCUUGCAUAUCCCUUAAGUCCAAAAUAAUUCAAAAUAACCCUAUUAAAAAAAUACCCUCACUGUUAUAAUAACCAGUGAGGGUAUUUUUUAAAGGGGCUUAUUUUGAAUUAUUUUGGACUUUAUGGGUAUGCAAGACGUUGUUGACAUGCAUUAGAAAUAUUUUCAACAACAAAAAUAAUUAAAUCAACUCAUGUAGCUUAUUCGGAGGGGUGGGUGGGUCCUGAGCCCAAGCACCGGUGUAUGAAACAUGCCAGACAGUAUUCGACCUAAUGAAGGAAUCUGGAUCGGUAUAUUAUGAAAUGUGUAUUUGUUUUUAAUCUUGCAAUUCUUUCAGCUUCUUUAACAAGUUCUAUAAAACUUAUGUAUCAAUUUUACGCAAAAACACAUAACAAUCUCUCCAAUUUAAGCAUCAUUUACUUGUAGCUUAUGUACAAGUGGAUUUUACCCCCUUAUACGUUCAAUAACGAUGAGAUUUUCAUCAGAUGACAAAUCCGCGGAUUCCUGGGCUCUAGAAAUUUAUAUUUUUAAAUCUGUGAAAUAUUGAUAGAAGAAAUCCACUUUAUGCAUUUUGAUUGUCUUCACACAUUUUACAUGUAGUAAUAAAAGGUAAUUAAAAUUCUGAACUUUGAUGUCGAAUUCAAUUUCUUGGAAUAUUUUUCUUUUACUUCUAGUGUGAUCUACAUAGUGCAUUAGACUUGUUGAUAAACAGCUAGUAAUCAUGUAUCACUUUACUAUUAUUAGUACAUCCCUUAUCGUAUUAUAAUCGUAUUACCGUAAAGGAGAAGGUUUCUGGAGAGCCCGAAUCUGCUGCCUAAUCUUAAUUGUGUAUCUAAUCUAGAUGAUGAAAGGUGAAGAUGACGAACAGUGACCAAUCUCAUAACUCCUAUAAACAUUACAAAAUAGUUAAUAACGCAGGUUAAAUGAAUAGCUCGCAACCACGAAUUUGUUCUAGCGCCUUUGGUGUACAAAGACAUAUACAUGGAUAAAUUGGACAUUGAUCACAGCAGCUUAACAUCACAUGAUUGUAAUAUCUAGCAAUCUGAUCAAUAUUGUGUUGGGAUUUUUGAAAAUAAUUAUUACUAUAAUUUGGAGAUAAUUUGCGAAUUGUAUUUGCUUUACUUCAAGUCUUGAUGUGUAAAUGACUUUAACUUUUGAUGAUUGAUAUUUAAAUUAUGACUUUUCGUCACACUCUGAUUCAACGAACAAGAUACUGUUUUAACAAUGCUUUGAAUGAGCGUCCCCAUUCUCCAACUGCGCACAAUAACAUUAACAAUCCGAACUUACGGAGAUUGGGUUCUGUUUUUUUAACAUAUUUUAUCAAACGAUUUUUGAAUUGUAACAAAAUCACGAUAAACAGAUUGUGACGAGUGAAGGCAUUCAGAAAUAUGAUCAUGAUAUCCUCUGCUUUUCAUCACGUCAUGCAAUAAUAAAAAGGGAUCACGUGAUCAUAUAUUAGAUAGCCGUGUAAGACCAUAGUCCCCUCCGCAUGUUGCUGUUCGGAAUUGUCAUGGAAUCCCUGAUUGCAUCCUGGUUUGUUGACAAUCACAGUAAUGGCAUACACGAAAACAAUUUACGGAGAGCCUUUUUACGAUCCUGUUGCCAUUGUUAGGUUACUAUGUGUAGAGAGACCCAGAGAGUCUUUCACAAACUGUACAUACGCAAUGAGGAACAGUUGGUAAUGACCGAAAUUUUUAUUGGGUCAAACUUUCUAAGGAUAUUAAAUGACAUCAUUUGUUAAGAUUCGUGGUAGGAAUCGGUGAAUUACCGCCUUUUCUCUGCAGGAUUUUCUCAUUCAGUGAUUCUUCACACUUGUGGAUUUCUAAUGAAAACUGAUUACGUAGAUAGUGACCUUAUGGGCGAGAACAGUUCCUCUUCAGGAAUGGCACAGAACUCGGAUCUGCUGCCCCCUAUACCCCUACGGUAUAUACCCUAUGCGGCUUUGAAUAAACUUGCAGAAACAUUUGACUCGCCUGCUGUGGAUGGGCAGCGGACACUAGAAGGUCUCGCAGAAGCUAUCUUCAAAUUGAGUGGCUACGAAAUUCAAGUCGAUCACCACACAGUAUCGAGAUUAAGGGAUCGUUGUAAAUCUGGCGAAAGCCCAACUGUGAAAUUCAUUGAUGACUUAGCCAAAUUUAAACAUGCCAAUCUUCGGAUUCUACAAAUGGCAAUUUGUUCCCUUGAAACCCGUGCGGACGAUGUGUUGCCGAGAGCUUUGGGAGAAAUUAUGCGUAGACACAGAAAUGAACAGAGUCCCAGGGUAGAAAUACCGUCUGACAGAUGUUCACAACAUGCCUGCAGUUGUAAUGAUUGUUAUUAUCCCAAUAACGGAGCUUCCCUAGCACACUCUGAAUACAACAUUCACAAUGUACAAUAUCGACAGUCACACUGUGACAAACCAGACUGUGCUCAUAAUCACAGAGGCCAGCCCAAGUACAAACGCCAAACGUCAUAUCCGGUUCACAAUAGUCCACGAACACCGUCUCGUAACAAUUUUGGAAGCCACAGUGUCUCCCAGAAUAUCUCAACCUUAAGUAAGAUUAAAAAUGAUGCGGAGAAAACACAAAUUACUAGAGAUUUUGAAUCAUAUACACAUACAAUGGAACUGUUUAGAAACGACUUCGAACCCCCUGAUGAUUUUAAUCCUUAUCCUCCAAGUGGAUCUGAAGGAGAUGACGAAGAAGAUCAGGAAACUAAUCUUUCUUUAAGAGACACACAAAGUGAAACAAUCAACAGACCGAGACUGAAUGAGUCAACAAGGCGAGUGCAUUCAAUGCCUGAUGGUCCAGCAAGUCCAUGUCAUGUUAACAAUGAUCCAACACGGAGACAUUCUGAUCCACAACCCAAGCAAAGAGGUCCCGCGCGAAAGGACUGUGAAAGUGAUGGUGACAUUCCCAAUAUUCCAGACGCUUGCACUUGCUACAGAACUCCAAUUAUUCGCAUAGGGCCAAAGACAGUCUUUGUUUCCCUAGCGGAUGAUUCUAAACCUCACAUCAAGGAGGUACUAACCAUGUGUACCAAACUCCAAGAAAAAGGUUUUGAGGUUAAAUGUGAUAUGAUGGAGUCUUUAUUUACGGAACAGAACAUCAACGUGAACGAAUGGCUGGACCAGUGCUUCAAAAAAGCCAUCUUUGUGAUAUUUUGCAUAUCUCCCAAAUAUCACAAAUACAUUCGCGCUGACAACAUUGCAGAAGCUCAUGCAAGUGAUAACAAAUUCCACACGAGAUACAUUUUUGAUAGAGCACGAAGUGAAUUCAUUCGAAAUAACAGUUUGAACAGACGUUUUCUACCCGUCCUAUUCCGGAACUCUGGCGCGGAACAAAAACAUAUUCCGGAUUUCUUGGGAUCAACAUUAAGGUACGUGUUUCCGGAAACUUUCAACCAUUUAACGACAUUCAUGCAGAGACAUGGUAAAAAUGAAUAAUUGUGGUGGUCCGUUUUCCGGAAGGCAAUAAGGAGACUGAUGCUUUGCCGAAAUGUGUGUAAGAAUUUAAGUGAUUUGGUAGUUUUGAUUUACAUUAUUGAUGUAAAUAUUGUAAAUACACAUAGAUAUAUAUAUAUAUAUAUAUAUAUAAAAAAAAAAUACCACAAAGCCGAUUAAGUAUACUCAACUAGUUCCAUCAAUUCUCCAUGAAUAAAUAAAGGAUAUACUUCUAAAGAAUAGCAGAAACUAGUCGAGGAUACUCUCUCGGCUGUGUGAUAUUUCUAUAAUACCACUAAUUGUGUAGAUGUUUCUAUACUUACGUAUAUUUCUGAAAUAUUUGUAUUACAUAUACAUGCAUAUUUGUAACAGCUGUGCAGUAUAAGACAAUAUAUAUAGAUAUAUUACCGUUAUUGAUUUUUAAAGUUUAUAAUACUUUAGAUACAUCUUAUUCUAUGUCUGAAUUAACUUAUUAAAAUUCAGGAGUUUAUGAA